AUGCGCCAGAGUUUCGGACAUGAAGUCAAGUCACCGAUGGCUAAAACCGUCUUCCAACGACGAACAAUUAUCCGGACUAGUCGAGUGACAAACUUUGAAUUUGUACCGUACAUUGUGGAAAUAAUGCCUCGUUUAUUUGACAUGGAGGGAAUGAUUUCCCAAGAUUUCAAUUCGCGACACCCUUCAUUAGCUCUCAUAAUGUUUGAUAGAUGGCCAAAGGUCACCGAGAUGAUACUAGAAUAUGCAGAGGACAGCGGAAUUGACUAUAGGAAGAAAUUGGAUAUUACAAAACAUCGUUACGAUUUGUCUAAAGAUGACAUCCAAUUUGUUGGAUUUUGUCUCCUCCCAUUUGUGUUACCUUCAUGUGGACGCAAACUUACGCAGACCGUCGAAGAUAUUAAUGACACUGAUGAAGAAGGCACCGCCAACGCCAGAUCUUCGACAAAUAUGGCAAAACGAAAACGGUCAAAGGGUAAUGCUGUCACUAUUAAGCGACGGAAGACUCAAAUGACAACUUUGAAGUCAUCUGAUCUGGAUGCACUCAGAAGCAUGCUGCUAAUUAAGCCGAAAAACACCAAUAUUGCUGAGGUGCUGAAGGACAACAAUUACCCCCCCCCUUCAUUUUGGCAUUGGGAUCAGUCUCAGAUUUGGAGUUUUUCGAUUUCUUCAUAAUAAUUAAAAAAAUUGCAGUUCCAUGUGGAAACAAAUUUUUGAAGGCUUUGGAUGCAACAUUCAAAUGUUUUACUGUAUUAUCGCUACCACUUCCAGUCGAGUCGUUUGAUCAUUGGCUUCUCAUCCAACACGGCGUUUGUGGUAAGCCUUCGCCACAUCAAUUACCAGCGGUAGUUCAGGCUUUAAUUUGUCAAGUAAUGCGAAAUUUUCCUUGAAUUAUUUUUCUACUGUGGUCUUUAUUAUUCAUCAUAUGACACUUAAUUAAUA